GCGACUAUCAAUUAAUCUGCCUGGUAAGCGCGCCCUUGUCGCUCUGCGUGGCGGAGCUAUCAGUACCGAAUAGCGAGAGACAGACACUAAACCUCUAAUUGUCCAGGUGCAAGAGUAAACCCGCAGCAGCCAUGGGCCCCCCGAAACCCCCCGUCCCUCAUGUCGCCCCGAUCUACCGAGUAACGGCCACAGCUCUUGGUGCGGGCAUGUGGUUCUGGCUGAUGUACCGGGCAAAGAAAGAUGGCCCCGUAUUGCUUGGCUGGAAGCACCCCUGGGACCACUAGACAACUCGACCAGGUCGAAACUCGAGAUCCGGAACGGCGUUUUACUCUGUCACUGGGAUAUCGGCUAUAGCUUGUGGUGUGACUUAGGCUACGACUCGAAAUCGCAUACAGCACAGUUCCUUAAGUGCGAAAGGGGGAUGCUGGAACAACAAUAGUACAAGACGAGCUAUAUAAAUAUAUCUACAUUACGAUUCGACGCAUAUAUUGAAUAAUACGCUCCUUGUCACUCGU